UAAGAAACACACGGAAAGUUUUUGGCAGGCGAUGACUUUUUGACACAACACCGGGAUUUCUGACUGCACUGGAAGGCACCACAGGUCCAUCCUCUCUCCCCAUCAGCAGUCCGGUCAACAUUUCUCCUGGAACACUUCGGGGAACUUCACCGACUCUCUGCACUUCAACACACCGACAUGGAUGCCCUCAAGUCUGCUGGAAGAGCUAUUAUCCGGAGCCCAAGUAUGGCGAAACAGUCGUGGAGUGCCAGCAAACACAGAAAGCUCCCAGAGAACUGGACAGACACACGGGAGACCAUCUUAGAGGGCAUGACCUUUAAUCUUCGACAUCUUGGCAUGACACUGGUGGACCAACCCAAAGGAGAGGAGCUGUCAGCAGCUGCUGUAAAGAGGAUUGUUGCCACGGCUAAAGCCAGUGGGAAGAAACCUCAGAAGGUCACUCUUAAGGUUUCUCCUCAGGGAAUUGUCCUGCAUGACAGCUCAACAAAUAAACUCCUGGAAAACGUGUCCAUAUACAGGAUAUCCUACUGCACGGUGGAUAAACUACACGAUAAAGUCUUUGCUUAUAUCGCACAAAACACCCUGAAUGGAACCCUGGAGUGCAACGCCUACCUCUGCUCAAAGAGGAAAGUGGCUCAGGCUGUGGCGCUAACAGUAGCCCAGGCCUUCACAGUAGCUUUCGAGCUCUGGCAGGUGUCCAAAGAAGAUGUGGCUACAGAUAUGUUGUUGGAUUUGGAGAAGAGUGUGAAUGUGGCAGUGGAGACCAAUGGAAACAUCGGAGAGGAUCAGCUGGAUAACCACAAACAGACCUCAGAGUCCAACAACAAUCUUGCCUGGGAAAUAGAAGAUGGUUUGGAUGAAGCCUUCUCCAGCUGUGCUCUGGAUAGCUAUGGUUCAUUUCCAGACUGGCAGUGUCACGUACUAACCCCCAGGUCCUGGACAUUGGGGUGACCCCCCAUGAUUGGCUCAUUGAACCAGACUGGGAUGGCACCAAUGGAAACACUCCCAACACUGUCAGCCCAUUUGAGGAUGACUUCUUGGGCUUCUGACCAGAGUCAACGACUAAGAGGGGGAGGGGUGGUGGUGUCUUCCUAUGAAUUAACCAGAUAUCAGUGUGUAUUUAAGAUGAGUUUACUGUACAUCUGCAAGGGAAUGAAGGGUUGUGAGCUCAGAGAUGAAGUUUGCCCUCUCCACCUUGUUGUACUCUUCCCAUGAGCAGUUCUUCCUCUUUCUUUGUGGAAACAGCACAGGCCGCUGCCCCUGUGCACCAAAGCAAUAACAGCCUUUAAUGUUACCCCAUCUCCUCCCAUAUUACACUGCACAGCGUUACUACUAACUUAUGUUCUUCUGUCAGCACUUGUUCUCCUUUGUUUACUUUGUUUUCUUGUUUCUCUUGUUUCUCCCUAAUCAGUGUUUUUUUUGUUUUUUGUUUUUUGUAUGCGUUUAGUUCUAAUUUAUAGUUGAAUAAUUAUUUUUUUAUGAAUGAAGUAAGUAUAUAUUCUGACUGAUAUACAGACAGUAACACCGGGCCUUAAUAACAGCAGGACAAUCAGCUAUUCUCUAAGUGAAAUCUGCUUUGGUUGCAAAAAAUUACAGUUGUUUAAUGUUUAUAAUCUUGUUGCACUUGUAUUUAUAUGAAAUCUCCCAGCGACUCAUUUACAACACGCUGUAAGCUUUGCUGUUUCAGUGCAGCAGUGUAACAGUGCUGAAUGUAGCCCAGGUAUGUUCACAGUCUAUUGUGGCCAUUUCAUUUUGCUGGAAAUAUUCCAGUGUUGUAUAGAAAUAAAAUGUAAUCAUGAAUAUAUCAUUUUUAUAGCCGUGUUUUGGUCUGUAUUCAUCUAAGUUUAAGAUUACACUAGUUAGAAUCAUCAGAAGAAAUGGAAAACAUAUAUAAUAUUGAUAUAGCUAUCUUUAUUUAGUUAUUUUUUUUACCAGAACACGUGAGAAAGACAUGAAUUUGACUUCGAAAGAUUUCCACAUUGAACAUUUCCAUAUUGUUAUUGCUGCAAUUCACAGGUUAGACUCUUUAUUUUUCUUAUGCUGGUUCAGCUCCUCAGCUUAGACACCUUUGGAUAGUCCUUUCCCCUUUUUAAGCCCACUGUCUUUCCAUUGGCUACUCAUCAUAAACAAGAGGUUUGAAGAGAAGGUGGGUGGGGCUUCUGUGGUCAAAUGCAGACAUGGUCAUAUAAGGAAUAUCUGCUCUCAUUUGAGGAGCUGUCUGAACCUUUUUGUGUUGACUGUCACGUCUAUUUGAUCCAUAGCAAGGUUAUUAUCGUUAACGAAAACUAACAAAAUAACG